UUCUUCUGCUAGUCCUUAAAAACAAAUUUUCCAGCUAUGGCAAUUUAGAUUCCUUCUUUGGCACAUUCCGGAAUAGAAAUCCUUAAUUUUGUUUGCCAAUAAUACCCUUAAUUGUCCAUCGAUAUAAACCCAAUUUAGGCGCGAAACGAUUAUUAUUUCGACCCCGAAUUCUCUGUAGUCUCUAUUCACUCCAUAUUUACACUAACGCAAAGCGAAAGCAAGCGAUCGGGAUUCGGAACCAAAGCAUUGAAUUCACCGGGAAAAGAAGCUGAAACCGUCUAUUUCAAUCCGUCGUUCACUUUCAACAGAUGGCAGAAACACAGAAGAGAGCAUCCUCGACUGUCAAAGCAAAAGAAAACAACUCGUUACUUGAUCUGGAUAUUGGAAAUGACUUUCUUAAGUCGUUCAAAUCAGUGUCUAUGGGAGAAGAUGAUGCAAUGGAUUUCGACUUUGGGCCUAUAUCCAAGAACAAGAAAAAGACAUUCAACUUUGACAAAGAGGAUAUGGAUUUCACUCUUGAUACUGAUUUCGGGAAGAUUUCGUCCUUCAACGUUGACAUGUCAGAAUUUGAUAUAUAUCCCCCAAGUAAAAAGGAUCAAAAAUCAAAGGAGACAUCAAAAGAAGAAUCCACUGUUGCUGUCAACAAAAAGAAAGGAGAUGGCUUCAAUUUUUCAUUUGAUUUUGAGUUGGAUAAUUUCAGGUUUGGGUCAAGUCAGGAGAGUAAUGGCAAAGCGAAGAACAACCAAGAAAAGGAUUGUUUCAAUUUUGGAUCAAGCCAGGAGAGAGAGAAGGCAAAGAACAACCAAGAAAAGGAUUGUUUCAGUUUUGGAUCGAGCCAGGAGAGUAGAGAAAAGGCAAAGAACAACAAAGAAAAGGAUUAUUUUAGUUUUGGAUCAAGCCAGGAGAGUAGAGAAAAGGCAAAGAACAACAAAGAAAAGGAAUUUUCAUCUUCUAAGAGAAGUGGUAAUGAAGGCUCUGGAAGUCAUCUGAAUAAAGACAUUGGUUUGUUAGAGGAGGGGACAGUUCAGAAACACACUGCAUCAGAGGCCAGGGUGACUUCAAUUGUCGAUUCUCAUAUUGACAUAGAUAAAAGUCAUGGCACCACAAAACAUAGUUUAUCUUCAAACAAUACUAUGAGCAACAAUGAAAUUUUAAAAUUGCAAUCUGCUGGCUAUGAAGUUUCACUGGAAAAAGAGAAAAGUUUAUUACAAGAAAAAAUAUCCACCAGCACUCGUGAAACAGUUUGCCAAGUAGAGGAGGGAUCAUCUUUGAUAUCACAGAGUGAAUCAAGGAGGAAUAAUUCUUCAAGUUUGCAGGAACAUGUUAAUUCUGUGGCUGCGGAUGUUAGUCUCUUAGGUGUAGGAACAGAUUCUAACAAAGGGGUGCUUUUGGACUCUGACACAAACUAUGAUAAGUCAGUUUUAGAAAAUUUCUCUUUGGAAGAUGUGGCAACCUCAAUGAAAGAUGCUAGUGAUAGGAGAAACUUUGACAGUGAUAAGCACGUUUUGAUGACCAACAAGGACAGGACUGAGACACAUUCCAACAGUAUGUCAAAUGCUACUGAAGAAAAAAUGCGAGACAUGAAAGUCUGUAACAACAUUCAGAGCCCAACUUCAGAGCCUUCUGCAUCCUCGUUAAGCAAAAUAGUAGCUGAAAAAUUGACAGUAGAGAAAAGAAGAGAAACUGGUGUCAUCAGGUCAAAGUUUUUUAUGCCAUCAAUUAAACCUGCAGCACAGAUGCAGACAACAACAUCACUGACUGAGACAAAUGUUUCUGCAUUUAGUAACAAAAGAAUUGGCCCCAUACCACAGAGUCGUCCAGCUGAAAUAAUAUCUCAAGAUAACAAAGAUGAUGACACUGGGAGCAAGGCUGGUUUUGCCUCAGAUUCUAGAUCUCUACCAAAGAUUAACCCUCUUCAGACAGGAAGUCAGGAGGGAUGCCAAGUUUUAGGGACUUCUAUCAAGGGCUCCCAGGCGGAUGCUGCGAAAAACAUAAAAACAUCGACCGCCAAAUCUGCUCCCCAGAAAAGCAAAGCAAGCAGUAAAGUUCUUACUUUCAGUUCUGGGGUAAAUCUUCCAAGCAAAACUCAACAGAUAGCUGCAUCCGUCCCAUGCAGCAUAGCCAUUCCAAGGAACAUAGCUCCGAUUCCAACUGCAAAGAGCACUCUCAACCAAGGAGACAAAACACUUCCAAUUAAAGCUGCCAGGAAUCUUCUAGAGACAUCUCGCUUAAAAAUUUCAGCAAAACUUGGUACAAAUCCUGAUACACCUCAGACAGUGUUGCAAAAAAAUUUGAAGUCCUCAAAAACUGUGGACCAGCAUGGUGGGUUUAAAGCUAUUUUACAAGCCAAAGACAAUUUCAAAGAGACGCUGAAGCAAACACCUGUUUACUUGUCUAUGAAGAGGAAAGUAUCAGAGACAAAUUCAGAUUUCAUGAUCCUACUUCCAUCAAAGCGUCUUGCACAAUCACCCAAUGGAAGCAGGGGAUCCUCUGAAGGUACAGAAAGUAUAUUCAACAAACAGGUUAAUGACCAUGAUCAUUCUGUAAAUGGUAAUAAGACAAUCGAACAUGAAGAUUGUCAAAUCUCUUUACGUGAUGUUCCUACGAGGAUGAACACCAAAGAGUUAGGAAGCCCUUCUGUGAUAGAAGAUGAGGACAACAUAAAGAAGGCUCAGACUUUGUCAAAGGAUCUUGAAGAUAUAUGCAACAUGCUGAGAAAAAAGCAAGAGGAGGCAAAAGAACUAUUAGUUCGAGCUGUUGUGAACAACAAUAAGCUGCUUCUGCUUAACCAUCCAAUUUAUAGAGAGAAGAUACACAGGGUUCAGAAAUUUGCUGCUGAAUUGAUGACGAGGAAUCACCAAAUAGAAUCACAAUAAGACAACAUAGAGUUCUGUAGUUUCAGGCGGAGUCUGCUGCAUGUUCAAAUGCAGUCGCGGAGAAUCUUUUUUCUUUGCUUUCCUCAGGUGAAGAAGCAUUGAUUACACAAAUGUAAAAGAAGACUUUUGCUGAUAACAAACUAAAAUGGUUACUCUCAGAGGCAGAUCUUCCCGCUGAAGGGAAAUCAAACUUCUACUAAAUUUCAAGUACCCCACAUACAUUUGGCAUCUAAUAAUAUGUCCAUGUACAGGUGUGGGCAGUCUGCUUAUACUGAGAGCACCAGAAGAUAUUGAACCUCUUGUUAGUCUUUACACAAUUUUGUGAUUCUUUACAGCUUCCUUCUCUUGGGCACCUUAUAAAGACACACCAAAUGAGAUAUCUGUCUUCUAUUACUACCUAUAUGUGAUUCAUUUCCAAAUACAGGUCAAUAGCCCAAGAUCUGAAGUAACUCUUAACAGUAUGAGCUAAAAGUUGAACUUAUGACGAGUAACAGGCUAAAACACUGAGGGGGGAGUAAGAUAACAGUUCUAAAUUCUAAAGGCAUACAUUUUAUGAAAUUACUUCUUGUCGGAAAAAAAUGAAACUGCCCUAUCUUGAGCUGAAUUGUCUUUGGGCUUAUACACUUGGGCCUCUAUUAUUUCUAAGUUCUGACCUACGCAAGUUCAUUCAGAGGAGGAGUAGGAUUAAUAUUCGGGUGUAACUAGGACUCUUCAUGUAAAUAAUCUACCUUGCAAUUAUUUUAGUAUUUAUCUUUUAGAGUUAGUAUUUAUCAUUAGGAUUUAUAUUCGGAUGUAACUAGAACUCCUCAUGUAAAUAAUCUACCUUGUAAUUGUCUAUAGUACUUAUCUUUUAGAGUUAGUAUUUAUCAUUAGGAUUCUUUUUGUAUAAAGAGAUAGCUUCUCUGUACAGUCGAGGAUCAAGAAAUACAAAGCAAAAUUUAUUCUU